UAGAUAGAUUUUGUUCGGUAUUGAAAUGAUAAGGAAAAGUAAGAACGAAUGGGUGGCGGAUAUUUAAUAUUUGUUUGGUGAGCAGAUAUAUAUUUGUAUAGUAUCGGUGGAUUUGCUUUAUAUAAGAGUAUUGUGCACUGAGUUAGAGAAUUCAAAGAAAAAAAGAAAAAUUAUAGAAUUAAAGAGUGAGAGCAGAGAUAGACAGUGAGGUCCGACAGUUCACAGAGGGCCGGAAGUUUGAUGCCCAGAUGUUCCAGUUUGAAUUUAUUUUUCAGUUGUAGGAGUUAUCUCGAGCUCUCAUCAACCAGCCAUGGCUGCAAUACAGGUCACACCAUAUUUAUUGACACUGUUUUUGAUCUCCUUGCUCGUGUUUCCUGCUUCGGCUAUUCCACUGAGAAGAUGGAAGUCUUUGGACACAAUAAAGGCGCUGAAUCGCAAAGGGCCAUACCUUGGUCUCAUCACAGUCUAUCCCCCUGAAGAGGAUGCCUUCUUCGUGACUGGCGCAUUUAAGCCUCACCCAAGACACCCUUUUGUGGACCUGUCAGGUAGGCGAUUCCGGGUGGGACAGAUUGAAGGGAAGAAAGCCAUUUAUGUGAGAUGUGGAAUGGGAAUGGUAAAUGCUGCUGCAGCAACACAACAGAUGUUGGAUGUGUUUGACAUAACGGGAGUAAUACAUUUCGGAAUUGCAGGCAAUGUCAACAAUUCCAUGUCUAUUGGAGAUGUCACCAUUCCAAAACAAUUUGCUCACACUGGCCUUUGGGAUUGGCUGAAACCUAACGGAACAAUGGGAACUAAUGAUGUUGCUCACUUGGACAUUGGAAGCUACAACAUGCCCAAAGGAGAUGGAAGUAAUCUUUUGGGACAUAUUGGCUAUAGCCCUGAGCAAUUUUUCUCUGAGUCCGGUACGCCUAACAAAGCUCAAAGAUUGCUUUGGGCACAGAUAACAGAUAAUUGGCUUCGUUUAGCUGCCAGAUUGCAGGGGAUGGAACUAGAACGAUGCGUGAACUCAAGCCUGUGCCUUCCAGAAAAGCCAAAAUUACUGGUUGGACUUAGGGGCUCAAGUGCCAACAUCUUUGUGGAUAAUGCAGCUUACAGGGACUUCCUGUUUCGAACUUUUCAGGUUUCAUCAGUUGAUAUGGAAAGUGCAGCUGUAGUAAUGACAAGCUUGUCGAAUGGCUUCCCAGUGAUCGUCAUUCGAGGAUUAUCGGACUUAGCCGGGGGACAGCCAGGGAAAAACCAAAUUGAUAUCUUUGGACCUCUAGCAGCUCUGAAUGCUGCUAAAGCUGUAAUUCACUUUGUCAAAACAUUACCAGGACAUGCUUCUUAAUAUUGAUAUAACAAUGUGACUACUUACAGAGCUGCUGGCUCAAUAAGAUGAAAGAACUCAGAAUUUAAAGCAGAUAAUACUUAUCGAGGUUGUAUUCUUA